AUGUUUACCAUAUCAUUGCCUUCGUUGGGCAAGCUAUUCUCAUGGAGUGACCGAACGGUGUUCAACCUUCCGCCGGUCAAGGUUCAUGAGACGGAUACAGCUCAUGAGAAGCCAGCCCGAGCUUUAAAGCACCUUCUGAAGCUCAACCACGCCAAUCAUGCCAUUUUGUGGAAUGAACGGAAAUUCCACAACCAUGCUCCUCAUCUCCUGAGCUCGUCCUUCCUGCAGGGAGCGGAUGCGGAUGAUCUCACUCGCAUCUAUGAGGAGGAAUCCAAGUCAUUGGAUCCUUGGGUGGAUUCUCCCACGGAGAUCAGUACAAGUGACUGGAGAGACUUUUUGAGUUGUAGGGAGUAUCAGCGAGCUUAUGUAGACUUCUUUGAAGAUGAGCUCGUGCGAUACGGAUAUGACUGGAAGGAAGUUAUCUUUCAAUACCUAUUUGCGGGCAAAGAGCCCAUCUUUAACUCGCUUGUUGAAGAUCUUGGACAUCCCUUGAUCCAUUUGGCCUAUGCCUUCGAAAUGAACAGCCGUGAGGUGGGCAUGGAAGCUCUCUCUCUGACGACUACCUGCUACGGAGGCAUCCAUAAAUAUCUGGAUGACCCGUCGUAUUCUCAAGCAGAGUCGUCCUAUAACUCAACUUCCAUCCUAGGUGUUCUGAACAAGGUGCGAACCGACCAGCGGUUCAACGGGCUCUUCGGCCACCCAGGCGCCCACAACAUGGAGAUCAUCUUCCGAGAACAUGAAGCUGCCCUUCUCAAUCACUGGAACGCGUGGAAGAUCGAGGACCCCAUCAACCAAUUCCGCGAGAGCCAGGAGGUAGCCGCAGCCAUAUUGGCUGCCACCCAUGACAAGAUCAACGAGAAAUACGACUUUUUCUUCGUCCACAUCUUGACAACUAGCCACGCCGUUCGCAUCCUUCUCCCCUUGAUCCCCGGCCGCUACCAAAUCCCCUUGGUCAGACAAUGGUGGCUUAUUACUCUGGCGAUCUACAUUGCGCAAAUGAGGCCGGAAAUCCACCUCGACCGCAUCCGGGACUAUGACCUUGCUGGAAGAGAUUGGAAAUGGACGGCAAAGAAGGCCGUCAAGGGCGAGCACUCGACUGAUGCGCAUUACGUCAAGGCUAUUCGCGCCUGCAGAGAGGCCGCCUCGACAUGGGGUGACUCGGACUCUUAUUUCUUGAAGACGGCCGUCAAGUUUGCCGAGGAGUUUAGCGGCUGGGGAGGCUUUAUUUGA